AUGAGUUUAUUUCUACAAGAGGAUUUGCAUUUGAAUAAUAGCCAUAAAGAAAAGGCACUUGACCAUCAAAAUUUGAACUUGCUGGAUACAAUUAAUGUCUUUAGUCAAAAAAGUGAAGAGGAAUCCCUGAAAGAUGUACAUGAAAUUAGAGACUUAAAGAAAAAUGUAAACAACAACAACAACAAUAAUAACAAUAAUAAUAUGCCUCCAAACCAAUCGGACAUCAUUAAUGAAGCUGUAGGUAGAGAUAGUUCAUACGGAUUGCCAGUGUUUCUUCCUGAAAGCAAGUCCCUGGAAAUUAAAUCUGACUUUUCUGCUUUGCAUCUGUCUGAUAAAGGAUUGCCUUUUAAACAUAUUCUCGACACAGAAUGCGAGUCUAUUCACUCUGACUAUUCAGAAGUUGUUGGCCCAUUGCGAGAUCUUGCGGACAACGAAAUAGAGAUCUUUCAUGCAGAAGAUCUACAGAAAGAUAACCUCACAGAGAAAUGCAACACAUACUCCAUUGGCAAUAAAACCCUCAAGCAACAGCCUGAUGAAACUGAUGAGGAGUUCAAAAAACGUGUGAAGAAGGUAAACUUUUUAAGUUUAGCCCAGGAAUUUGCCGAGCUGAAGAAAAUUGAUGCCGACGUCUUGCCAUUUGAUCUUCACAAAACUAACUUAUGUGACUACAGUCCAAUGAGUGAAGAGAGUUCGUUGACUGAAUCUGCUAUGACAACUCCCAUUGAACCUGGGAAAGAGUUGCCAUAUUCUUACGAGUAUGUGAGAGAUGAAAAUAGUAAUGAAUUAGAUAGUGUUGAUUGUUGUGACCCAGAGAGUAUAAUGGACAACAAGAAAGAGAAGAGCUCCUCUUUAAACCCCAAAGAUUUGUCAGAAACAGAUUUUAAACUGAGCCCCAAAAGAGGAAAGCAAAACUUGGCUCUUUUGGAAAACAAAACAAAAUUUAAGAAUACUGGCAAGAGUGAACUCUGUGAUGAACAAGAAUGUGAAAUCUAUAACAUGGAAAACACAAUACCAAAAAUGGAUUGGGAAACUUUAGAAUUACAAUUAGCAAUGGCAGCAGAAGAAAAACAAAGACUGUCACAUUGUAAUGACAGAGAAGAGAUACGCCGUAAACUGGCCAUGGGGGGAGAUGAAGAGUAUUACACAUCAGAUCGACUUUACAAAAAACCAAAUUUGCCGCCACGUCACCAGGGUGACUUGAACCUGCAGUUGUGUUUUAUGAAUGAUGCAGCAACGAUUCCCAACAACAGUGACAGCAGUGGUUCUGACCAAGAAUCUGGAAUCAAGCAUCAAAAACCUCAUCUCUCAUCCACCCCAAAUCUAUCAGAGUUGAAACCCAAGUAUCUUCGGGAACCUACUCUGCAUCCACCAAGCAAGCCCCCACGAAAGAAAGGAGAUAGUGAUAAUGAAGAGGAGGAUUUCUUCCAUAAACAAGUUCGACUUCAGGAGGAAGCUAAAUUGGCCCUUGCUCAAGCAAGCACAAUGGCUCACAUGCAGCUUGAAGUAGAGAAACAAAUGAAGAAAAAGUCACCAAUUGCUGAAAUGGUUGGGAUUCCUGGCUUUGGUGAUGGGCGUCAGAAGAGACUACACCGAAAACUGUUGUUGGAUAUGAAUGUGGCUCAGUUACAAGUCAUAGUCAAUGAUCUUCUUUCACAGAUCAAAAGCCUUAAUGAAGAUUUGGUUCACAUGUUAUUGGACAGGGAUGAUCUACACAUGGAACAAGAUUCUAUGCUGGUAGAUAUUGAAGAUCUCACCAGGCGAGCACAGGAUUUUGCAAAGAAAAUCAAUUCUAAACAAAAAGACAAAAAGUCUGGCCAAAAAUAUCUUCCUCAGAAGUCUUAUCUAUUCCUUGAUGGUACAACUCUCUAUGGAACUUGGUAUUAUUUUGAGAUGGUCUCUUUUGGACUGGAGAGCGAUCUGUAUCUAUCUUCCUUUCUAUCUCUCUUCCCAUUUGUAGAAUAUUGGUCUAUCGUCAUUACCACCAGUUUAUAA